CAUACACUUUUCUGGCUAUAUAUAUAUGUAUCUGCUACAUUCUGAAAUGCCACACUGAUUUGAAUUAUCGUUAUGGAAUCGUGGGUUGCUCUUUUUCUUGUCCUUUUUUUCCAUUUACUGUCAGGAUCAAACGGCGCCGUUUUCACCCUACAGAACAAAUGUGAACAAACAAUAUGGCCCGGAAUCCUCUCCGGCGCCGGGAGACCUCAACUGACCAACGGCGGCCUGGAACUCCGGCCAAAUCAAGAAAUAACCGUGACAGCGCCGACCGGGUGGUCCGGCCGCUUCUGGGCCCGGACCGGCUGCAACUUCGACCGGUCAGGGAAGCAGGGGAACUGCACCACCGGCGACUGCGGCGGACUUCUGGAAUGCCAGGGCUCCGGCGGGGUGCCGCCGGCAUCCCUGGCGGAGUUCACCCUGGACAGCCCGGAAGACUUCUACGACGUCAGCCUCGUCGACGGCUUCAACCUGCCUGUCUCCAUCGUCCCCUCCGGCGGCACCGGUAACUGCUCCGCCGUGAAGUGCACCGCCGACCUGAACCUGAGUUGCCCGAAGAUCUUAACGGUCACCGGAAACAAUGGUACAACAAUGGGGUGUAAAAGCCCCUGCCUGGCCUUCAACCAAGCUCGGUUUUGUUGUACCGGAGAGUACAACAAUCCACAGCUUUGCACUCCCACAACAUAUUCGAAGAUGUUCAAGAAUGCUUGUCCAACCUCGUACAGCUACGCCUACGAUGAUGCUACCAGCACCUUCACUUGCAAAGGUGCUAAUUAUUUGAUCCAAUUCUGCUGAU